GUUGCCUUGCAGUUGCUGUUGUAUUCUGCGUUUCAUUUUCCAAAAAAUCUCAAAUGUACGCUUUAUCAUUCUGAAAGGGCACUGUUAAAUGGUAACAUAAUAGUCCAAAUGUAUUAGGAGGCAUAAGGAUCAAUAAUAAUUAAAAAUGUCUUCAAGGCACGAAGUGAGUAGACGCCGUGAGCGUUCACGCAGCCGCUCUGUAGAGCGCCAUCGCUCGCGGAAAGACCACAAAGCGCGGUCUCGGUCACGGUCGCCCGCGCCGUCCAAACACAGAUCACCCAGUAGAGAGAAGAGUAAACACAAGAAAAGUAAGAAGAAAAAGAAGAAGAAGAAGAGGAGUAGCAGCUCGUCGAGCAGCAGCGACACGGACGAGGAGCUGCGGCUGCUGCAGCGGCUCGAGGCGGAGCGCCUGCGGCUCAAGGAGGAGAGGAAGAAACAGAAGGAGUCGCAGAAGGCUAAUGAGACUCCUGAGGAGAAACGAGCUCGCCGUCUUAAAGAAAAGCAAGAAAAAGAGCGCAAGCGCCGCGAGCGCAUGGGCUGGGACAACGAGUACCAGUGCUACACCAACCAGGACAACCCGUUCGGGGACUCGGCGCUCACACACUCGUUCGUGUGGACCAAGAAGCUGGCUAAAGAGGGCGUGAAGGCGGUCAGCCGAGACGAGCUGGACGCUAUGAACCGACAGAAGCAGCUGGAGAAUAAGAUUGAGCUGGAAAAGGUAAAGCAGCGGCGAUUAGAGCGCGAGGCAGAACGUGCCGCCCGGGAGGCAGAAACUGCGGCGGCGGCGCGAGCGCGCGAGGCAGCGCAGUUCGACUCGUGGGCGCGGCAAGAAGACGCCUUCCACCUGCAGCAGGCUAGGCUGCGCUCGCAGAUCCGCAUCCGAGAUGGACGUGCGAAGCCGAUCGACCUGCUGGCGUGGUACGUGGGCUCGGAGCAGUGCGUGGACGCGCUGGAGAUGCACGAGCCCUACACCUACCUCAACGGGCUGCAGGCGCCCGACCUGGAGGACCUGCUGGCCGACAUCGCGGUCUACAAGUCGCUGGAGCACGAGCAGAACCAACGGUACUGGAAGGAUGUGGAGACCAUUGUGCAGGACGAGUUAGCGAAGCUGCGGAGAGCGGCGCCCGAGCCGCACGAGGCGGUGCACCGCGACACCGUCCACCAGAGCGUCGCCGAGGACGUCACACAGAUCUUCAAAGGCAAGACCGGCGCGCAACUAGAAGCACUGCAGUCGCAGAUCGAGCAGAAGAUCAGCGCCCGCGCAGACAACAUCGACGUCGGAUACUGGGAGAGCUUGCUCAGCCAACUCAAAGCGCACAUGGCCCGCGCUCGCUUGCGGGACCGGCACCAGAACAACCUGCGCCGGAAGCUGCAAUUACUGAAGCAGGAGCAAGGAGUCGCCGCCAAGCCUGAGCCCGAGUCGAGACCUGAUGAAAAUCCGCAGCCUACUGGAUCUACAAGCCCCAAAGCGCAGGCACGCACGGAGGCACCGCCGGAGGCGGAAGCGGAGGCGUCCGGGUCCGGAUCCGGCGGCGAGUCGGAACCGGACUCCGAGUCCGAGGCGGCCUGCAUAGCGUUAUACCGGGCCGGGAGAUACUCCCCCGCGCCGUUGUCUCCGCGGGUGUUGGAACCGGGGACCCUGACUACAGACGCGGACAUAGACGAGCAGCGACUGCAGUACCUCAGGACGCGAGCGCACGCCGCCAACGCGCAGCGGGCGCACGAGCACUGCGCGCCGGCGGGCGGCGGCGGCGGCUGCGGACGGCGCCGCCGCCGUGUUCGAGCGGGAGGCACGACGAGGCAUGGGCACCGACGAGGCGCAGUUCAGCGUGGAGGCCGCUCUAGACAGGUUUUGAGCCACAGCGAGACACGUCGCGUCGCGAGGCGAUAUCCUAGCGCGGCGAUCGUGUUAUGUAAACGUGCCUCGGUCGAGGCGAUAUGUGCGAGUGACCUGCCUCGAGCGAGACAUGACUACAUUGGACUUGUCACAAGCGAAGCCCUGCCCGUGCCCGCGCUGUGGCCGGACAAGUACCGGCCGCGCAAGCCGCGCUACUUCAACCGCGUGCACACCGGCUUCGAGUGGAACAAGUACAACCAGACCCACUACGACAUGGACAACCCGCCCCCCAAGAUCGUGCAGGGCUACAAGUUCAACAUCUUCUACCCGGACCUCAUCGACCCCAAGGCCACCCCGGACUUCUCUCUGAAACCGUGCGCGGACAACCCCGAGUUCGCGGUGCUGCGGUUCCGCGCCGGCCCGCCGUACGAGGACAUCGCCUUCAAGAUCGUGAACCGCGAGUGGGAGUACUCGUACAAGCGCGGCUUCCGCUGCCACUUCCACAACAACAUCUUCCAGCUGUGGUUCCACUUCAAGCGCUACCGGUAUCGCCGGUAGACCUUAUGCUCUCACGAGCUCCUUAG